CUUUAUUACCUAUCUUUAUUUGUGAUUACUAUGGAUUUACUAUGACUUCUCGAACUGUGUAAAGUGAUAUCUUAAUGGUUUGAAGUGUAUUUCUUUGGAAUAUAACUUAUGUGAUUGUUUACAUUCUGACUCGGUAACUGUGAUUACUCACGAAGUAACCUAAUAUACUUACUACACGGGUUAAUUAUCGAGGACAAUUUAUGUUUCAUAUCUCGUAUGUACUGUGUUUAUUUAUUUCACUAUGCCUAGAAAUAUAAGAAGAAAAAGAUCGAGAUUGGCAACAGAAGAACCACAAGUUGACCAACCAAUGUCGGAGUCUGAACCCGAAACUGACACAGUGUUAGCUUCCAAUAUGUUGCGGAACUUAGACAGAAACAAUCCUUUGAAUUGGACUAUUGCCGAACUACGUGAGAAGUUAAAUGGUUUGGGGAUUGCCGCUCCUAAGGGUUUGUCCGCGACUUUGUUAAGACAAUUAUACAACGAAAACAAACGAGACCACGUGAUUGACAGACCGCGGGAAAUAGACUUGGGCGGAAAUGACGUAAAUGAAAACAACAAUGGCGGCCAACAGGCAUUGUUUUCCUCGUUACAGAUGAUGGCGAAGUCUUGUACGGCUUUACAAAAUACUGUAACAUCGUUACUUCAAAAAGACAAAGAGAAAGAAGAAGACAACCCAUUACAGAAAUUUACCGCGUUACAGAAUACAGUCACUGAGUCACCUACAACAAGUGGAGCCACAGGAUAUUCAGAUUCAGCGUUUCAGACAAGCUGCACCUCUGGAGACCAGACACCGACACCAUGUCCGGACAUAUCGCAAGUAAUGUGGAGCUUCAACAAGUAGUGACAGAAUUGAUGGACAAAUCUAUCUCGGUGAACACCAGGACUGUUUAUCAGCAAGGUUUUCAAGUGUAUAAACAAUUUUUAGCUAUGUACAAUGUUAGUUUUGAUCAUAGUUUCCCACCUAUAUCACAGGAACGUCUUGUGUAUUUUGUAGCCUAUUGUCAGCAUACGUUGUCUUUAAAAUACACCACUAUUAAGUUGUAUUUAAGUGUUAUUAGAUUUACAUAUUUAGAGAAAGGCAUACCAAAUCCUUUUCAGUCAAAUUGUCAAUCGAUGGCGCGUUUGAAGUUGAUUUUGAAUGCCAUAAGAAAAACUGAAUCAAAUUCGAAACAAUUAACUAGACUCCCAAUAACUGUUGAUAUUUUGCAAAAAAAUUGUUCAACAUUGAGAAAAGAUGUUUUUGAUGUCUACACAAACAUUUUACUCGAAGCUAUGUAUACUGUUGCUUUUUUUGGUUUUUUCCGUUGUGGCGAGUUAACAAUUCGAACCAACUUUGACCCUACUUGUCAUUUAACUUGUCAAGAUGUACAAAUUCAAGAAAAAAUCGUGAAAAUAUUUUUGAAAACAUCAAAAGCAGAUAGGUUUCAUAGAGGCACAAAUAUUGUUUUGUAUUCAAAUGACUCAGACGUUUGUCCAGUUAAAGCAAUUUGCAAGUACAUGCAAUUUCGAAAAUAUUCCAAGGCUUUAAAAGAUGAACCAUUUUUUGUAACAAAUGUUGAUAUUCCAGUCAAUUGAACCUUUUUCAUUGAAUGUUUAAAGCAAGUUUUAGACAGAGUAGGUGUGGAUUCUACAAAAUACAAAGGACAUUCUUUUCGGAUAGGGGCAGCCACUUCGGCAGCAUGCGCUAGGAUGGAAGAUCAUCUAAUCAAAUCAUUAGGUAGAUGGUCUUCAGAUUGUUACACUAGAUACAUUCAAACCCCUCAGUUAGUACUUAGAGAUGCUCAGCAUAGCAUGUUAAAUAGUCAGAAAUAAUUUCAUUAUUAGUAUCAAGAUAGCAGUUUGUAUUACUGUAACUUGUCAUUAAGACGAUUUCUAUUAUCAUGUUUAAGUGCAUGACUUAAAAGGUCAAUUUUUACGUGAACCAAUUGCAACAUUUUACUACAACAUAAAUGUUUAUAUUUAUUUUCCCAUACUUGGGCUCAUGCAGCUGUCUUGUCAUCUGUGACAGAUUCCAAUCCAUCUGCAUUUUUGGCUUACACAAUGGUUAUACCAUUAAUUUUUUCCCAAGCAUGGAAUUUUUUUUUUAAUUGAGCCAUGCUUUAUUGGUUAUGGAAUACUCAUUGAACUAGUUUUAUUUACAUACGAGCAUAUACUUUUAAUGUUAGAAUUACUCUGAUUUCUCAGGUGCUAGUGUUCAUGUUCAUAUAGGCAACAUUUGCCCUCAGCCUGCAUCUUACUCAGGUAACCAACCUGCUACAUACUUCUCAUCAUGUGCUAAUGAACAUGGCGACACAUAGACAAGCCUACUUGUCCUCAGCC